GUCCCCGAACCAAGAAACUUCUCAACACAGAAAAGACAAAUAGUUGUUCUUCGUCGAUGUUAACGGGCCGUCGAAUAUUCUAUCGAAAUCGUAUUGGUAUAAUAUUAAAAGAAACAUUAAUCUUUCAACAUCGACAGAGUUAAUCAAGAAAAUUUAUUAUAUUUAUUAUAGUCUUCCGUUCUUGAUGGACCAAUCCUCGAACGGUGCGGCUUGUUAUCUAAUCGAAAAUAAUUUCCUUUAAACCACAAUUCAUAGUCGUGUCAUUAACUGCUUAACGAUCUUGUAAAUCGUCUCCCUUAAUCAUCGUUUAUAGUCAUCAGUGGUCGGUCACGUGCGUUUUGCUCGAUGUAAUUAUUUUGCGAUGUCAACGAAGUAACGUACGACGACAGAAACGUGAAACAUUGAUCGUGUAUGAAGUAAUAAUAAUAUAUUAUAUAUAUGUGUAUUUAUUUAUUCGUUGAGUAAAUGUAAAAGAAAUAUUAUUAGAUUAUAAACCGAUCGACACGUUAAUACGACGUAUGAAGAACGAAGAAAUCUGAAGAAAUAAUGAAUCGGAAAAUGAGAAUUAUUUUAGCAGAUCUAUUUCUAUUUAUAUUUUUAGGCGGAACACGGGGUGAACCUUGUACGGAGUACGGUUGUCCUGGACGACCACAAUACGAACCGUUCGUUCCAGCACCUCCAGGACACACACCGAGAUGCGCCAAGCCAGGACAAACGUUUUGUGAGUCUUUGGAUCAUUAUCCUCAACAGCUUAUAAAAUUCCUCGUCGAUAAGUGUAGUUUUGACUUCAGUACGGCAUUGAGAGAUGAGUCUCAUGAAGAUUUCAAUGCUUACAGUUCAUCACCUGAUUAUCAUCAAGGCUACGAGUAUCCACGGCAAGAUACCCCUACCUUAUAUUCACAGCCUUUGCCUAUUUUACCGUCUCACUAUCCAGUAGGUAGGCAACCAACUUUAAUAUAUGGGCCACCAUUUAAUAGUACUCAUCAUAAUGGAUACAAAUAUGCGGCACCUUCAAGACAUGAGAGAAAUCCACUUUUGGAUAUAGAAUCUUCAACGAAGUAUCAUCCACAACAACACUCAGAAUAUCCUAUAUUUUCUCAAGCGCCAUCUUUGAAAUCAUUCAAGCAGGAUCGAACGUGGUGGAUGAACAAUGGAUAUGUACGUAGCAAUAAAAUGGCACCACAAACGUUCCACGAGAAUCCGCUCUUACAGUAUGUGAACCUGAAAACGGAACGAACGAAGAGGCAAGUGAAUACGGAUACUGUCGCUCUUUGUCCAACUGAAGCGCAAUACAUCACACCAAAAGCUGCCCUUAACAAUCGAGGUAACUGGAUGUAUGUCGUUAAUCUUGCAGAACAGGACGACAAAUACUCACAACUCGUCAAAAGUGAAAAGUGUUCAACAAACACUUGCAAUGGUUUAUGCUCUCUUCCUGCUGGUUAUACGAGCACAUGCCAACAACAAUUUGUGCAAAAGAGACUGGUUGCAUUAGAGGGAAGCGGAAAUCGACUUUACACUGAUAUUUUUUGGUUCCCACAUGGUUGCUCAUGUCAUGUUAGGUUUAACGGCUUAUAAAAAUAACAUAUUUAUUAAUGAAAUUUAAAUAAUUACAAUAACAAAGGAAAAAGAAUAUCAUCAUAAAUUCCACCAUUAUCAGUAUCAUUAUCACUACAUUAUCCUAGUGAAGUCAAUAAUAAAGUAUAGUAUGAAUAAUUUAGUUAUAAUUAGAGUGAUAGAUAUUCCGAGAAGGGUAAAAAACUAUGAUAAUAUUGUGAUCAUAUUUAAUAAGAUAUUACUAAAAAUCAAUGUAAGCAAUAAUAGCAAAUUAUUAAUUUACCGAUAGUUAACAUCACCAAUGCGAUACACAAAACAAAUGGAAACUACUGUACUAUUUUGUAAGGUUGAUCAACUAUACGGUCGAUAAAACAGUUCCUUACUAUUAUCAAUAAAUUGCACGGAAAAUAGAACUGUAUUAUUACUAUAUUUGAUUUACAAAUCAGGACUUUAUUAUCAAUUGAUAAAACAAAAAUCUACUAUUACUGCCUGAUGACAAAACAGGGAUCUACUUUAGUAACUUAUAGUAAAAGAAGGAUUUUUUUAACAUUACCUAGUGACUAGACAAUCUAUUGUUGCAGCUGUUUAGUAAGUAAAACAGAGAUCUGCUAUUACCGCCUGCUCGAUUUACUGAGGUUAUAUCGAUCAGUAUAACUGCGCCCUGCCAUAUGACUUAUAAGACUAAUUUUUAGGGUGAUUCAUAUACUUUUAGUAUAGGAUAC